AACCAACUCAAAACCCAGGAAUCUUCCUUCUUCACCAGUAUUUGAUCCCUUCUUUUCUUCCAUUUUCUCUCUCCUCAACCAAAUAUUUUUAGAGAGAUAAAGAUGGUGAUUGAAACAAACAUAUAAAAAAAUAAAAAAAAUAAAAAAGCUCUUUUUUAAAAUUUCCUUUUUAUUUCUUUUUGACUCUUUGUGCUUCCAAGCAGUAUUAUAUCACCAUUUCUUCUUCUCUUCUUCUUCUUCUACUUCUUCCCCUGUUUAUCAGCUAAUUUUUCAGGAAGUUAAGGUUGUUGUAAAAAUGUUGGAAAAAAUUGAAGAAUUUGAGUUUGAGAAAGUGAUCAAUGAGUUUGAAGAACUAAGCAAGAAUGCAGGAAAAGUACAGGAGGAAACACUGAGGAAGAUUCUAGAAGAAAACGCGGCGGCCGAGUAUUUGCAACAAGUAGGCCUUGAUGGAAGAACAGACUCAGAGAGUUUUAAGCAAUGUGUUCCUAUUGUAAUUCACAAGGAUUUAGAACCUUAUAUUCAAAGAAUUAUGGAUGGAGAUUCUUCUCCUAUUCUUACUGGAAAACCUAUUCCAACUCUUUCUUUGAGCUCUGGGACGACUCAAGGAAAACGAAAAUUUGUACCAUUUAAUGAUCAGCUCUUUGAUAAUACUAUGCAAAUCUAUCAUACUUCUUUUGCGUUCCGAAACAGAGAAUUUCCUAUAAAAAAUGGAAAAGCGUUGGUUUUCCUUUACAGUAGCAGACAGUUCAUUACUGAAGGAGGCCUUCCUGCUGGGACUGCAACAACGAAUGUUUUUCGCCACCCGAAAUAUAGAAAGUUAAUGAAGGGAAUUCAAUCCCAAAGUUGCAGCCCUGACGAAGUGAUUUUCGGGUCUGAUUUUCAUGAAUCAUUAUACUGUCAUCUCCUGUGUGGCUUACUGAACUACAACGAUGUUCAAAUCAUUUCAUCUACAUUUGCUCAUAGCCUUGUUCAAGCAUUUCAAACAUUUGAACAAAUUUGGGAGAAUCUUUGCUUUGAUAUUCGAUUUGGAAGUUUGGAUGACAGAGUAACUGACCCAAUUACUCGUGCUGCUAUGUCCAAACUGCUAAAGCCUAACCCUGAGUUGGCUGACCUGAUAAUUGAAAAAUGCUCGGGUUUAAGCAAAUGGUAUGGCCUUAUACCAGAGCUUUUCCCGAAUGCUAAGUAUGUUUAUGGGAUAAUGACAGGCUCUAUGGAGCCUUACAUUAAACAAUUAAGGCGGUAUGCUGGGUGGUUGCCUUUGGUUUGUGCUGAUUAUGGGGCUUCAGAAGGCUGGAUUGCAGCAAAUGUCAACCCAAGAUCACCUCCUGAAGAGGCCACCUUUACUGUUCUUCCGAACAUAGGGUACUUUGAGUUCAUUCCUUUGAACGAGACUAGGAAUGGUGGUGCUGAACCAAAGCCUGUUGGACUAACUGAGGUUAAACUUGGCGAAGAAUAUGAAAUCAUCCUCACCAACUUUGCAGGCUUAUAUCGUUACAGGCUAGGAGAUGCUGUCAAGGUAAUGGGGUUCCACAACUCAACUCCUGAGCUGAAAUUCGUAUGUCGUCAGAACCUUAUGCUAAGUAUCAACAUUGACAAGAACACGGAGAAAGACCUACAACUCGCGGUGGAAGAAGCAAGCAAGUUACUGAUAGCCGAAAAGAUAGACCUGAUUGACUUUACCAGCCAUGUAGAUGUAACCAAAGAAGUUGGUCACUAUGUGAUAUUCUGGGAGCUAAGUGGUGAGCCUGAUGAAAAUGUGUUGAAGGAGUGUUGCAACUGUUUGGACCGAUCAUUUGCUGAUGCAGGGUAUGUGAGUUCGCGCAAGGUAGGAAUGAUUGGACCACUUGAGCUUCGGAUUGUGAAGAAGGAAACCUUCUAUAAGAUACUGUUGCAUUGCUUGAGCAUGGGGAAUACUCUUAACCAGUUUAAGACUCCAAGAUGUGUUGGGUCUAACAAUAAGCCAGUCUUACAAAUUCUGUGUAAUAAUGUUGUUGAAAGUUAUUUUAGUACUGCAUAUUAGUAAGUUAAAUUAGAGUAAUGUGUAUCAUCAUCAUUCAUCAGUGUAUGUUUUUAGUAAAUGUUGUUUAUUAUAAUGUUUUUUCACAAUGAUAGAAUGGAAGCUAAGUUUUAUUAUUUGGUCUUCCAUGUUUUCCUUUUA